AUGAAAGAGGGGUUGGCUCUGUUGUGCGUGGAGGCGUUGAUUGCGCGCUUUGCCGACGUGCCACUCGUGGACACAGUUGCAAGGCUGGCAAGAAAGAGGAAGCGCUGGGGCCGACGGCUGACGACCGACGUUGCCGAGCACAUUGCCAGGGUGGUCCAGCACCCUAACCGCGGGCUGCUCGACGCCCCGCGCCUGGGCCUCCUCUGCAUUCUGCCCUCCUUUACUUCGCUCCGCUUCAGCCCAGCGCUCUCGCGGAGUGACUUGGUCCUGACGGCGCCCCUGUGGCCCUGUGGCCUCCGCGUCGUCAACGCAGCCGGCGUCGAAUGGAUCGACGAGUUGCUGUCGGGUCUGGCCAAGAGCCCCGCUGCGGCCACGAUCGAGAAGCUCGACCUGUCGCGCUGUCCCAUCACCGACCAGUCGCUCCUUCUGCUCAGUAUCGUUGCCACCUACUCCGUGGUCCCCGAGACGCAGCUGGACCUGACCGACUGUUGUAUGCUGUCGGCCAGAGGAAUGCGCAAUCUGGUCAGCUCGUGUUCUUUCCUUGAGAGUCUCGACGCCCCCCACACCCCCUUCCUGGAUUACCUGCUGCCGGGCACAUCCGAUGCGAGUCUUGGAACUCAGUCGAGCGGUUCAUCAGGUGACACUGUCUUGUCGCCCUCGUCAUCCGGCAAUCGCCUCAUUCUUCGAAUGCCCCAACACCAGUGCACUAACCGCAGGCUCGUUUCCAGGGAGCGCGAGGACCUGGUCCGGUUCACCCGCCUCAGGCUGCCGGCCAACUACGGGUCUAGCGCAAGCAAGCUGCGGCUCGGUCUGCGGCUGAUGACCCAGAUCGCGCCGCGCCUCCACUCGUUCCCGCUCGACCUCUACCCGUGCCUCAGCGACCAAGAUGGCGACCAGCUCGAGUCCAAGGCCCUCGCCCUGCUCAAGGACCUCGUCGUCUUGUCGACAACAACACCAACAGCAACCGACCCAGCCACGGGCUUUGACUUCUCGCAUUUGACCGGCUUCAGCGUGAGCCCGGCCGCAGGCACCACCGAAGAGAUCCGCUUCCUGCUGGGCCGCAUGCUGCGCUUGACCGAGCUCGACUACGUGGCUGGCACCCACCGACCCGACGAGCCUCGGCUGACAGCGCCCAGGCUCGCCGAUGACCUGCAGGGCCUGUCGGCCGCGCGCCUUCGCCAGCUACGCCUACACGCGGUCGACCUGCCGGCCGAGCCCGUAUGGUUGAUGCGUGGCUCGACCCUGCGGGAGCUGGCCCUGACCGAGUGCCUACUGCCCGCCGUUGCAUUGCAACAGCUGCCCCAGCUGCGCAUCAAGAUCCUCGCGCUCCACCGCGUCCACAUCACUACCACCACCGCCGUCGCCACCAACGACGAACCGGCGCAAGCACUGGAAAAGGCGAUCCAGGCGACCACCUCGCUUCGUACGCUCGAGCUGGUGAUGGUGAAGCUGUCGUCCGCCGCCGGCCGGGAGACGCGAGCACCGGUCACGAUCCGCCACGAUCGGCUGACGACGCUCUGGCUGCGACUCAACCCGCACGACACGGACUCGCUCGAGCUGGCCGGCCUGCGGUGCCGUCGGCUGGUCGAACUGGUCGUGCUCCAGCAGCCCUGGGGCAGGCUCGGUGUGGACGCCCUGGUGCGCGGCACGCCGCUGCUCCAGCGCGCCCGGCUGCCCGAUGCAGUCCUCUCGACGUCCGAUCUGGUUGCCAUGCGGCGCGGCUGGCCCCACUUAUCGACAAUCAGCGCGGCCCAGUGGGAGGCCGACGACCAGCUGCUCUCUACGGCCGAACUGCGCGCGUGCUUCGCAUUCUCGCGGCUGGAGAGCCUGAGCCUGGGCCCGAGCCUGGGGGUCACCGACGCCAUGCUGCAGGCCAUCGUCGGGUGGUCGCCCCACCUGCGCGAGCUGGUGAUGGACGGCCUCGUCGCCGUCACCACGCUCGAGGGGCUCAAGAGCACCAGCCUGCGCUCGCUCGACCUCGCCGGCUUCACGGGCCUCAAGGGCCGAGCCACUCUCAAGGGUUUGCCCAAGCUUGAGCACCUGGCGCUCUCCUACCACAACCUGAGCGAGGUGGUGCUGCAGUACAUGCAGGAGCUGGCCACGGUCAGGUUCGAUUGUUCGGCCAACCUCACUACACUGGUGGUCGAGCACAACCCGCGGCUGCGCGAGCUGGUGAUCAUCUGCACCGAGCAGCCGCCGGCCGCGCUGCGGCGGCUUAGCGUCGACGCGCCGCGGCUCACGUCGCUCUCGCUGGAGGGGUUCCACCUGGACUGCCGCAGCCAUGUGGACCACCUGCGCCUGGCUUCGCUGCAGCAGCUCUUCCUCUACGGGCGGACCCAGUGGGGGGAGACCGACUCCGACGCCCUGGUGACGCUCAUCAAGCACUUUUCCUCGCUGUGGAUGCUCAAGGUGGCUAACAGGGUCAACGAUAGCCGAGACCUGGCUCAGAGGAUUCUUGCCCACAGGCCCGACCUGACCAUCUACUUCGGCGACGAGCUGGUGUCACCCUCAGCACAGGGCUAG